AUAAGAAGUAUAUUAGUUUAUUUUUGAUUAACAAGGGAGAAGGUUAUUUUGAGAUUUGUUAGAAUGAAAAUUGAUAGAGACCAAGACAGAAUUAACAAUAAUGACCCUGAAAAUAAUGGCUUAUUAAAGAAGGGGUUUGGUAAAAACUAUGAACUUUAUGACGAUGGUGGCUAUCUAAAGGCCGUGAAUAGUCGUUAUGCAAUUAUACGAGAUGUUGAAAAUGAACAGCAAACGGAGGAGCCACAUAUCUACACAUAUGCCACCGCUGGUACUUUGCAGAACGAUCGAAAGAUAAAAGCAGGGAACUUGCUGAAAAGAUACAGACUGAUUAUUGUGAUUAUAUUUUUUGUAACUAUAAUUGCAAUAUCAGCUGUUAGUGCUACAUUGUGUGUGAUAAUGAAAGGGGCUGACGCCACGAACAAGACAACUGUGCAAUUCCUCAUGAUUAAUACUUCAGAAAUUGGUUCGACAGAAUCGUAUGUGACGACAGAAACAUAUACUUCUACUACAGAAUACGAAUAUGAGCAACAUAUGAUUCUACGUGGUAACCCAAAGGGAGUUCCAAACGCAAAGAUGAUUCAUUCAAACUGCAAAAUAUUUCCAAACUUAUGCAAUCUUGGACGUUAAAGAUCCAAAACAAUAGCAUCUCUAAUUUCGUUGUAUUAUGGUAUCGAUAUGAUUUCUUGUGCUUUUACAUCAUGAUAGUAGUUCCGGAAUAGUAAAGAAAUGGGAGGUUAUUAGACAUAGUAUCAUUCUACUUCAGGUCAUAGUUUGGGAUAUUUCGGUUUGUUUUCCUUAUAAUUGGUCGUAUUCUUAUAGAUAUUUCUUUAUUGCAUAUGUUCUGUGUUUGUGGCUUUCAUCUUUUGGCAUUUAUGCUUGCAUUUUCUAAACAAAAAGAGCACUCGGAUUGUCACAACAUUUCAACUGUGUAUUUAGCAAACUGCCUUUUCUAAAAGAGACAGGAAUGUUUUGAAAUGUUAAUUCAAGCUAAAAAUAAUUUGUUGCAAGACUAGAGUUGAUCUUGAAAAUACAAUAACAACAUACAUGUAAGAUACUAAUUAAUAUAGCAACAUACUUUCUAUGGAGGUUCAACGCGCCAUUAGACAAUGUAUUGCCAUUGUUAAUAUUAAAUGACUUUAUAUUGACUUUUACUCUCGAAUUGAAUGCUUAUUAAAGGCUCAUUUUAUUCAUAUUAGGCUACCAUGGAUGGAUUAACAAAUAUAUCCACGUGGUUUAAAGGCCCCGUGCAAAGUUUGGAAAUAGUUUUAAUCGUGUAAUUAAAAUCAUCUAAUGUUAAAUAAUAGAUGUGUGCAACGUUUUAUUCUAAAAAGGUUUUCAAAAAUAGCUUUUGGAAAUAGAAAAUCAUCGCAUUUUUGAUAAUAUUUCGUAAUUCUAAAGUAUAGGUAAAAGUGGUUCAAACUUUACAUGGGGGCUUUAAUGCGUACGAUAUCCUUGUAUGCGUGCAUAUUUUUGCGAUAAUGUAGAGCGAGUCCAAGUGAUAAAAACAUUCUUCUAUCGUUAAUUCCAUAGUUUCAUCCGAGCCUUUAACAGAUGAAAUACCAAAGUAGUCUUGUUAAAUUAUUAAUUUACUCAACUCAGAAUAGUACAAUAAAUGUAGCAGUUGUAUUGAUGUUUUGUUGUAUCAACAAUAA